AUGAAGCAUUUAGUAUUAUUAAUUAGUUUAGUCGCAAUAAAUUGUGCAAUACGAGUACCAAAUAAUUGGCAUGAUAUUUAUCCUACUGCGGUAACGGUGAGAGCCUACAAGGAAUUCAAGCCGCGACGAAGCAGCGUGGGGAGGCAGUAUUACUACAAAAAUCCGCAAAGAUUCGCCGAUAUUUCCAAUACGGGAUGGAAACCGGCGGUGUCGAAUUUAAACCCUGUUAAAUCCAAACAAAUCAAACCGAAGUUUUACAAAAAACCACUAGACGGAAACCGAUUUAAUCGAUUAAACGCAGUACCGUACAUAACGUACAAAAGAACAGCGAAUUCUCCUUUAUUCAUAACACCCGAAAGUAUAUCGUCGAAAGCUUAUCCGAACAUCCAGAAGAAACCUUCGAAAAUCAUCCAGAAGAAGCCCAACUACACAACCUUCGAUCACGCCAAUAAUGUACCGUUCAACUACCCAUCGAAACAACAACAACACUUCGAUAAUUUCCACCGCCCGCUCUCCCAUCAUCAAUCGUACGAGCCGAACAAAAAUAUCGUCAAUUAUUUCCAAGCCGUGAAAAGCGACAGCUUCCUGCCCGACGAUAAAUUAAUAACCUACACGAACGCGGAAAUCAACGAUAACACAAACAGCUUCACCGCCUACGACGCGCCCCGGGAUAAUCAAAUCGACAGCCACUCGCCGAGCUACAUCAGCCAUCUGCAGAAAAACUAUCGAGACGACGCGAACUUCGAGCCCGAGCAGGAAGACAAACAUUACGUUAAAGAAGAAGAUCCGAAAUUCGAGAGGAACGAAGCGCCGCCACAUCCAGUCAGCUCGCACGAAAUCCCGAAAGAAAUCCCAACUAAACCGAUCUACCCGGGUAAAGGGCUGUGGGCGCGACCCGGCCUGAAGCACAAACCCUUCGUGAGCCAGCAAACUUACGAAGAACUCAAAGACGAUGGUCCUACUCCCGAAGGUUACGACACCUUCAUAGAAGGUCAACAAGUCUUCGAAAGGACCGGCGAUAAAUUAACGCAACCGUUUAGAGCGUUUCCAGCGCAACAAGAAAUCGGUACGUUCAUAAACCAACACUCCAUCAAAGACACCAACGAGGACACGUCCGAGAAUCUUCAAAAUCAAGAGGAAGAGAGCGAAGAAGUCGAGGAAUUCGUCCCGACGAAACUCUACGCUCAAGUCAGAGCCAGCGAGAAUACCGAGUACCUUCCAAUGGAGGAAGCUGAGGACGGUGUACUGCGCGAGGCCAUCAACGAAUCUAAAAUUCAUACGAUAUACACGGAAGAAGGGUACGAGGACAGCGCCUACGAUCACGCCGGGCACGAGAAGGAGGCCGAAAACGACGAGGGUUUCGAGGAUUUGCAGCGCGAGAAGCAGCAGAAGACCGAGAAAAGGGUACCAGAAGCUAAAUACCGGCUGUUGCCGCCGAGUUUGCACCGCACGAAGUUCUCCUACGGUGGAAAUCUACUCACCGAUGAGGAGAUCGCGGAUAUAAAGCAGAAGCAGCUGGGUUUGGGCGACAGCGAUGCGGAAGGCACGCACUUCGAGGAUUUGCCGUUGGAAGAAGACGUUGAGGAAAAUGAAGAAAUCGAUGAAAUAAGCGAAGAAUCGACGGAGCCUCCCAAACUGCCUAAGAGAAACAACAAUUUUAUCAGUACAAAGGAAACGAAAACGAUGACAACGAAAGAAAACAACGAAGGUGAUACUGAAACCGAAAUAUCCAGCAAAGUGAAGAUAAUUUUACAACCCAACAACAGCACAGAAUCUAAAAAAUAUGAGAAAGUAUUUCCCAAAAUUUAUAAAACUAUUAAGAGAAAGAAGCAAAAAAUCGAAGGCGAAGCAAGUAAUGAAGAAACCGAUAACAAUAAAAAUGGAAUUUACAUCGAAGAAAUUACAACAACCACUGAAUAUCCAACAACAGAGUAUCAAGAUUUGCCUGAAGAAAUCCCCAUUACGACUGUACCUACCACAGCUAUACCCAAGCCGGUACACAUCCCAAACGAAGAAGCUUUAGAAGACAUCAACAAAGCCUUUCAGAAGAUUAACAGAAGAAAUAAACGAAGCACCGACGACAAGAAAACGAAAUAUCCAUAUUACGAUGACUACAAAUCGAUGGGACUAAAUGUAGAUUCACCGUUGAGAUACUCCGAAGAUAUGAAGCAAAUACCUCGUAAAUUAGGCAAGAAAAUGGUGUUCUACGAACAAGCGGAGAAAAGAGUACCUUGUCCUGAUAUAGAUACUUCACUCAAUCCAAUACCAGAUAGAAUUCAAAACGUCGAGAAGAAAGUUAACGAAAAAAAUCAAAUCAAUAUUAACCAUGAUAGUGAUGACAAUGAUGAUUCAAAUGGAGAUGAUAAUGAUGAUGACAAAGAAGAAGAAGAAGUAGAAGAGGUGAGUGGUAGUGAAGAAUCGGUUAAAAAUAGGAGGAAACGAGAUGCAGAUGACGAUUCUCAUUCGCCGAGAAUAGCCGGUUUGGGAAACAAAAUCGACUGUCUAAAAGUUCGAUAUUUCGGCGAGAAUCCUCUAGACAGUCCCAUAUUUGAUGAAAUUACCGUUGGAACGGUCGAACCUAUUUUCAAACCUUUGAAAACUGUUAAAUUAAAAGAUAAGCUUAUUAAAAAAGAACCAAAUAAUCAACUCAAAAAGGAUAUUCAACCAAAGAAGGAUAUUCAGCCCGUAUUAAUUAACGCGACAAAAGACAACGCUGUUUCCACAGUAUCUACAAUCAGUUUAUUAACAACUCCUGAUUAUACAAUCGAAUUGAAACCCAAACACAUUUACGAUCAAAUCGAAUUAUUGGAACAUCUACCCAAUCACAGAGAAAGCGUCAACACCAACAAAUCAUCCACUAAUCAAAAGGAACUAAGUUUUACUUCACGACAAGACAAAUCGAUAGACGAAGAUAACAUCGCUUACGAAUCCACCGACAACCACCCGAAACUUCCAGAAGCCGAAGAACUAAGAAGGCGAAGAAAAAUCAGAAGAAAAAGACCGUUGUAUCAAAUUUUCGACGUCAACAAAUACCUACCCACGACACCUCCUCCAAUUUUACAACCGAUAACUCCUUAUCCCCAACUAACUCCUUUAGUUAACACUAAACUUCCAGUACCAAAAGCGACCAAACUUCAAAUAUUCGACGUUAACAAAUUCAUUCCGACCACACCGUCGAUUAUCCGGGAAAUAAUAACAUCCAGCACGGUGUUGCCCAAAUACAAAGUCCUCAGCGAAGUGUUCUACAAGGACGACAUAAAACCCAACGAGCAACUGAACGUGUUCACCGACAUCCUAAACAACAUCAAAAAUUCAUCGCAAAUUCAAAACGAUACACUCGACGAACCGUCAGAGCCGGUCUCCGUCAAACUGAACUCCCAAAAUCGCUUUCGAUACGAAGACUUGAAGAAGCCAUCUCCCGCUCACCAGCACGAUUCCUAUUUGCAGGCUUACGGUGAUCAGGAGAUCGAUCAGAAUUAUUUAUCGCCUGUAGCAACCACCACUAGUACCACCACGUUAAGGCCCACCACUUACAGACGCACCAGGUACAAGGUGAAGAAGACGCCGGAGCGUUCGGAAAGCGCCGAUAGAGAUUUCCAGCAGCAGCUCAAGCUGUACGUCGCUCUUCAGGAGAGUAAGAAGAAAGAAAAGGAACAGCAGAGUUCUACUGCGAACGAUUUUGGUUACACGAUUCCGGUGAACGAAGAUACGAAUGAUUACGUGGAGAAGACUACUAAAGUGGUGGGUUUAUUACCGCCUGGAAGUGUUCGUUAUAAAACCAUUUACCAUCCGAAGCGCGAUAAUAAUCAGCAGAUCGCCUCUCCCAAUCUGAUAAAAAGGAAAAUGAACAAAUUCUUCGUUGUGGGGUUAAAGCCGCCUCCUCAUCAAAAGCAACUCACCUACUUGGAUUAUUUGAAUAAAAACAACGGUAGGAAGUCAACGUUGCGAAGAGGUAGAAGAAGCGCAAAUAGAGGCUCUUAUGCUUCGUUUUCGAGAAAUAGAGGCGACUCUCAGGAAGCUACUGCUGUGGAAGAUGACGAUGAUUACAAGCCGCACAGAUCGAAGAAUUACUAUUACGAUGAAAAGACCGGUAAAAUUAUCUACGCUUCAACCAAAAAACCGGAUAACGAAGAGUACGUGGAUUACGAGGAAAUCACGGAAGAACUUCCAGCGCCUCCGUCGACCUCCAAGCCACUUCAAGAUCCUGUCUUCGCUACCGCUACUCCACCACCGGAGGGUAAAGGGUACGUGGAUUAUGUUUUAAAAUUGAAACAACACCCGAAUUACCAGUACAUACCGGAUCCUACUACAACCGAAAAAGGACUGGAGCCUCCUACGCAAAAGACAACAACAACGGUGAAACCCCAAUCUACUACUCCACCGGAAUUUCUCAAUAUCCUUGCUAAAGUGCGACAGAAUUCCGAAUACAAACUUAUCGGAGACAAAAAAGAGAAAACAACUCCAACACCUGAUGAUACGUCCAUCGAAGAAGAUGAAGAUGUUCCUUUAGAAAACGUGCAAAAUUCCCCUGGAAGACACAACUUAGAUACCAAUGAAUAUUUUGGUAUAUUCGACGUUACAGAUUUCAUACCUAAAAUAAAAAAUUACUUACCGAAAACUUCAUACGACACUUCUAAGUAUAAAACCAUCGAAAGACCUACUACACAAAAGAGCGAUGAAGAUGAAGAUGAUGAUGAAGAUAAAGUUGAAACAAGUUCAACCACACAGGCAACAAUUCAAACGACUACAACGCAAAAAUCCUUCGUUAUAAUAACCGAAGAAAUCCCAAAUCGAGACACCAUAACCAAGCAAUCGGAAGAACGACCGGUUACAGUGAGAAGAAGACGUCCAACUACCACUAGAACAACCAGUACAACACAAAAGCCUACAACAAAAGCGCCUAUUUUGAGAAGAAGACCAACCAUUUUGCGUAGCACUAAAACAACUACCCCCCUCACAACUACAGAAACUGUAAGAAGAACGUUUCGCAGAAGACCUACAACUCAGAGGACACCGAUAGGGGAGCUCUCGAAUUACGAACAAAACAACACAGCAAAAGUAUUAAGAAGACGAUCGGAACAAACAACAACAACAGAACCAACGAGCACUACCCGCAAGACUAACAAUUUCAUCGAAACGUUUAAAAAAUUCCACAGAAACAAGAAGCACCAGAAUGCGCCUGAACAAGCCAAAAAGAGCAAAGAACCCGUUAACAAAGACGUCGAAAUAAUCGCGGAGUACGAUAAAACCAAACGACAUGGAGGUAAUUACAGAAGCAUCGAAGAUAUUGAAGAACUAAUGGAAGAAGAAAACGCUGAAGACGAUUCCAAAGGAAAUCCGAACUCGAAUUCCCUAAGGAUCAGUCUAUUGCCUAGCAAAGAGGACGCAGAAGAAAACAAUGAAGAUUCGUUAGAAGGAAGAUCUUUACCGACGAAGAAGAUUGUUAAGAAGAAAGGGAAAUACGUAACAGAGUCCAGUGUGGAAAGACUGACCGAUGUUGUACCGAAACCUGAAAUGUUUUACACUGAUCCCACUCUCCCUAGAUCAAUAAAUAUGCUAAUUAAUGACGAUGAUUUGUCCAGUACUGAGAUACAGGACAUCCUAAGCAGCACCGAUUCGAGCGAGGCUACUGCAAACAAACAAGUAAACAAUAAUAGUAAAAAACCUGUUAUUAUAAAAGAUCCUAUGAAAUUCCAAAUUAUGAUGAUCUUCGGCGCGCCUGCCGCGGUGAGCAAGGAUUUCUGGAAAAGGGAAUUGCUGGUGUCCUCUUGGCAAGGCGAUCGUCGGAAUGCGGUGAGGUUUUUCAGAUCGUCGCCGAGUCCUUACAGGAUCCUGUUCGACGAGAGCGAAGGGGCGCCCGCGAAAGAGGAACCUCUGGUGCAGGAGCGCCAGAAUUCCGACGCGAGGAAACACCUGCUGUACCCGUAUUCAUUAGCGCUGGGCGCCGCCUGCGGUCUGCUGAUCCUCACCGUUCUGAUACUGUACGUUUUCCUGCGGAGGAACAGGAGCAAAUGCGACGAAGGGGAGAAGCGCGCCUUGUCGAGCGUGCUCGUUUACCCGACCCAGCAGACCGGCUCGCCGCCUCAAUUUUUGACGAAGGAAAUCAACUUCAGCCUGCCGCCGUUGAGGAGUACUUCGCUGGGGGACUUGGUGCUAUCGGCGGAGGACAUCCACGGCGACGGGGAGGGCGGCAGCGAGGCGCUGCUGCUGCCGCCCGUGGGGCAGAACGUUCGAUCCAAUUCGUUCAGUACGUGA